AUGUAUAAAUAUGAACAUUGGCGGUUGAGAUAUACUUCAUCAUCAAAUUUAAUCAACAAAACAAUAAUCAUUGACAUAUAUAUCUUUAAAGAUGUACAAAAUCAUUACAGAAUUACCCCUGGUAACUGGAUUUGGCACCAAGAAAACCAACCAUGUGGCUCAGCAACCAUUGUCAAUGUUACCACAACUGACAACCAGUUUACCAGUUUUGGAAACACCCCAUCGUACACCUUCCUAGUAAACUGUACAAUAAAUCCUGCUGACAAUACCUUUACCGGAUUGGGCACACUAUAUUACCCAGGUACCUACACUAUCUUUGGAUACACCAAUGUCAAGGGUCAACUCAUCAACCCAUUCAGUUUGGUUGCCGUCUAUGCCAGAAAUUCGAACCCAUACUUCCCAGGUGCCACUCAAUACUAUGGAUUCUCCCAUUGUUAUUCCAACUCUGAAUCCUAUCAUCCAAUCACCUCGAAUUUUGAAGCCAGCGAAAAAGGUUUAGAUGUUAUCGGUCGUCCAUUGUAA